AAAUUUGACGCACGCGUUCUCCUCCAAGAAGAAUCUUUCCUCUCUGCUUGAAGGGAAGAUUUACGUUUUUUAAUGAAGUGUAUUUACACCUGACAGUCAAAGUUGAUCCCUCUGUCCUCCGCUCCGGGUCUCUCUCCUCUCUCUGACCCUCUCCCUGAUCGAGCACCACCUGUGGCGGAUGAGUCAGCCUCCACCACCACCACCACCACCGUGCGCUGUGUGACCCCGCAGCUGUUUGGGGGACAGAGUCCGCCUGCAGACAAAGCUCGGAGAGAGGAAACACAGCGCUGAACACUCAGUUAAUGAUCUGCCCACGCCACGAUGCACAAUCACACCGAGCUCUCCGCCUGUUUGACAUCACCGCCGCUCUCCUGACGCCGAUUGUUCUGCAAGUUUUCAUCGUCGCUUCCGUCUUCUUCUCAGAGCGGCUUGAAGGUGCGAUUAUUGGAGGAGGCUUGAAUGAGUGAUUUUUAAGAGGAAGUGCCCGGUGAUCAUUUUCGUGUUCCACGCGCAGUAAUGCGAGCAGCGGCGGGGCUGGAGGCUCGCGAAGAGCGGGACUGAGCGGCGGAGAACGUGCGCGUCUUUCUUGGACACAUCUCGGAGGAAACAGCGGCUCGGCUCGGCUCUGACAGCCUCCUCUUGGCUUUACGAUGUCUGCAAGAAAGACAUCACUGACGGACAAGCAUACUAAAAACGGAACCUCCAAAUAUGUGCUGGAGAGAUGCGCCUCUGUUAACGAGUGUUAUGAUAUCGCCUUCAAGGUGAUGCUCCUGGGAGACUCUGCCGUGGGGAAGACGUGCAUCUUGGUGCGCUUUAAAGACGGAGCAUUUCUGGGAGGAAACUUUAUAGCCACCGUUGGAAUAGACUUUAGGAAUAAAGUGGUGGACGUGGACAACAUGAAAGUCAAACUCCAGAUCUGGGAUACGGCGGGCCAGGAGAGAUUCCGCAGCGUAACACACGCCUACUACAGAGAUGCCCAGGCGUUACUGCUGCUCUAUGACAUCACCAGCAAGCCGUCGUUUGACAACAUCAGGGCCUGGCUCACGGAGAUACACGAGUAUGCCCAGAAGGAUGUGGCCAUCAUGUUGCUCGGCAACAAGUCAGACAUGGCUGCAGAGCGGGUGGUGAAGACGGAGGACGGCGAGAAGCUGGCAAAGGAAUACGGCGUGCCGUUUAUGGAGACCAGCGCCAAGACGGGAGUAAAUGUGGAACUGGCUUUUCUCGCUAUCGCAAAGGAGCUGAAGCACCGAGCCACACAGCAGCCCAACGAGCCCAAGUUCCAGAUCCACGACUACAUCGAGUCUCAGAAGCAGAAGUCAGGCUGCUGUGGCAUGUAGCCGAGAGAGAGAGAGACAGACAGAUA